CAUACAAGUCUGCCAGGAACAAUACGUGGAGGAUUCCCAGAGCAGCUUCAUCAAGUUUUUAACAUCUGUUAACCAUCAUGUCUGGUAAAGAGAAGGUCUAUCAAGGGGUGAGAGUUAAGAUCACCGUCAAGGAGCUGCUACAAAAGCAGAGAGCUCGCCAAGAAGCGAUUAAAACAGUUGCGAAAUCCCAAGUCAACCUGUCAAGUCAUGAAUUCUCUUCAGUUACAUACAUGCCUGACUAUUCUCCUGGAGCAUCACUUCCAGAAUGCAACCUCUCAUCGGGAUCUAUCACAGAUAGCAUGUACAACAUGCCCCUGGAGAAUGGAUAUGAUAGUCAUCAAACGAUAAACAUAAUGGCAGCCGAUCAGCUUUUUUUCCCUCAGAGCUGGCCUCAAGGAUAUCCCUCUUCAAACAUGGACUACAGCAACUGCAUGGUUCCAGACUCUCCAUCAGAAUCCUUUAGUCUGCACAGUCCGGCCGAAUACAAUAGUUAUUCAUCGCCCCUCUCCUACUCAUCCUCUUCCUCAUGUUACAACUCUCCAUCCCGGAUGGAGCUGGGCUGCGGUCUCAUGCCUGAGAACCACCACCCAUACUGUUCACUCCAACACUGUUAUUGUGGAUCUCCCUCAGGACUCCAGGAUGUCACGUCGCAGUUACAAUACAGCUCGUAUGGCAAUACAGAUUGCUGGUACACGUCGGCGCUAGAUGACUGCUACUUCAAGAGGGAUUCUAUAGACGCUUGUUACCGGUAGUCUUCAAAAACAAUUGCAGAACAAUAUCUAAAAUGUACCCAUCUGAAAUUGACGUUGAAUCUAAUGGCUUAAUGAAAAUGUCCACGGUUAGGGAAGUGAAUGACUGAUUGACGAGUGAGUGACUGCUUUUGUAUGAACAUUUACGCGAUGCAAGUUUCUUUACAGAUAGUAGGCCUAGGCUUGUGUGUGUUUUUAAAAUAAAAUUAUUUUUCUAAA